AUGUCACAAAAAUACCCCGUCGGCUCCCGCUCCGACAGCGAGCGCCUCGUCCGAGACUGGGGCUUCCGUCACGUCUUUACCUGGUCCGAUGGCAGUAAUGCGCAUUACUCGCCGCACUCGCACGGCGGUCUUACGACGCACUUGAUCCGCCGGGGUUCCCUUACUAUCACGUACCCCGAAGACAAUGCCACACUGCACAAUGGGCAAGUCAAGAAAGAGACGUUUGGGGUUGGUGCUCGUGUUGAUGUCCCGGCGGGGAAACUUCAUGAGGUUUGGAUGGGUGAUGAGGGCUGCGAAUAUGUGAUUGGGGAGUAG